AUGACGAGCAUGGAUUGUAGGGCAAAAAUCGAACAUGACCCCCAGACGGGCAUUGUUUCGCUGACGAUCUCGCAGAUGUUCAACGACGACGUCGGCGAGUACACUUGUCGUGCCAGUAACAUCCAUGGAGAGGCGACAUCCGCUGCUCAGUUGCUUAUCCGCGAACAAUACGAACGAUGGUUUGCUGAGGAGCAGAGCCGACUCACUCGCGACCGACGACAAGCACAG